AUGGUGUUGCUAGAGAGCAAACAGUUCCUGAAAGAGCUGACCAGGCUCUUCCAGAAGUGCCAGUUGUUGGCCAACAUGUUCAUCACCCUGAAGAAGUAUGAUGGUUGCACUAAACCGAUUCCAAGGAAGAGUUCUGUGGAGGACCUCAGGCCCACAGAAAACAAGUGUCUGAUAAGAGCCACAGAUGGGAAAAGGAAGAGCAUCACCGUGGUGAGUUCCAAAGAAGUGAAUAUAUUACAGGCCUAUUCAAAUCUACUGAGAGCCAACAGGGAUGAGCUGAAGAAGAGAGGCAAGAAGAACAAGGGUAAGAAGACCAAACCAGCACAGUGA